CAUAAAAUCAAUGUUUUCCUCCAGUUCCAUCAACAGACCAUUUGGUGGUGACAGACCAGAGCACUCUGUAGAAAUGAAUGCCCUGCAUAUUGGUGUAGCAGUCUGUUCCUGCAUCAGCCUUCUGUUCCUGCUCCUUGCCUUGGGUUCAAACAAUUGGAUAGAGAAUUCAGUCACCAGUAUUGGUCUGUGGAAUGUGUGUGUAAACACAAUAUGUACCACAUAUAGUAUGGAUGUGGUGCCAGCCUAUUUCCAUGCCACCCGAGCCUUCCUGAUUCUGGGGAUGAUUGCUGGAGCUGUCUCUUUUGGUGGCCUUUGCAUCAUGUUUAGUCAAUCCAAGAUUGGCAAUAUCUCCUUGAGCUUGGUAUCAUGUAUUGCCAGCUUUACUGCAGCCCUCUGUGUCAUGAUUGCUAUGGCCGUUUUCACAGCAAAGGCAGAUUCCAUCGCCCCAUAUGGAUGGUCUUUUGGCAUAGGUUGGGCCUCCUUUCCUUUGUACCUUAUAACUGGUGGGCUUACUUAUAAAUUGCAUAAGGAUGAAACAGCUUAGGAGAAAUACGAUGCUGCAUUUUGAGAUGACCCUUGAAGCCACAUUAGUAACCUGGGGGCACAGAGAGUGUCCAAUCAGAAUUAUAUGCACUGGAACAAAUUCAUACAUUUAUAAGACAAAU